UGUACCUUUUCUGCUGCGGUUAUAACUCUUCUAUAGCAGCCUGCUGCAUGUGGUCUUCCUAUCCCCUCUCUGCCUCCUAUUCAAGUCCUGCCGGUGUUUAGCUCUCAACCCACCAGCAAUAGUAGCUUCGUUCUUUUACACAUCAUGGCGGCCAAGCCUAAUGACGCCCAGAUCGAGAAGGCCGACGCGGUGUGGGACGAGAAAGGCGAUGCUCUCGCGCCGGGGGAGCCCAACGAUGAGGAAGUCGACGCCUUCAUCGACGACAUGGAAGCCCAGCUCGAGGCCGAGGGCGGGCUGCGCAAGGGGCUGCUGGACCUCGAGUUCAAGAACCCAAAGUACUUUACCUGGGUCAUUGUCGCCUUCGCGUCCAUGGGCGGGCUGCUCUCCGGCCUGGACCAGUCGACCAUCUCGGGCGCCAAUCUGUUCCUACCCGUCGACUUGGGGUUAGACACGAGGCAGAACAGUCUCGUCAACGCGGCUAUGCCCCUCGGCGCUGUUGGCGGCGCCUUGAUUCUGUCACCCUGCAACGAGUGGACCGGUCGGCGAUGGUCCAUCAUUAUCUCGUGUAUCUUGUACACCAUCGGCGCGGCGCUGGAGGCCGGAGCCAUCAACUAUGCUAUGAUUAUCGCCGGACGGGUGCUUCUCGGCAUGGGCGUGGGUUUGGAGGGAGGCACGGUUCCCGUCUAUGUGGCUGAGACAGCCGAGCGCAAGGUGCGCGGCAACCUCGUGUCGCUGUACCAGCUCAACAUUGCCCUCGGCGAGGUCCUCGGUUACGCCGUGGCGGCCAUGUUCCUGCGCGUGCCCGGCAACUGGCGCUACAUGCUGGGCUCGUCUCUGGUGUUUUCGACCAUCAUGCUCGUGGGUAUGCUCUUCCUGCCCGAGUCGCCGCGCUUCCUCGUGCACAAGGGCCGUACCCUGGACGCCUACCGCGUAUGGAAGCGCAUCCGUGGCGUCAGCAACCGCGAAUCACGCCGCGAGUUCUUCGUCAUGAAUGCAUCCGUCCGCGACGAGGCGCGCGUCGCCGCCGAGAGCGCCGUCAACAAGCGCUUCCCCUGGCUCGACUUCUUCACGGUGCCGCGCGCCCGCCGCGCGCUCAUCUACGCCAACGUCAUGAUCUUGCUCGGCCAGCUGACGGGCGUCAACGCCAUCAUGUACUACAUGUCGGUGCUCAUGAACCAGAUCGGGUUCGACAAGGAACAGGCCAACUACAUGUCGCUCGUCGGCGGCGGCUCCCUGCUGCUGGGUACCAUCCCCGCCGUCCUCUUCAUGGAGCGGUACGGCCGCCGCUUCUGGGCCAACACCAUGCUGCCCGGCUUCGUGGUCGGCUUGGUCGUCAUCGGCGCGAGCUACCAGAUCAACAUCGAGACCAACCUCGAAGCCGCCGAGGCCACCUAUCUCAUCGGCCUCAUCCUGUACAUGGGCUUUUUCGGGUGUUACGCCUGUCUGACGUGGGUGGUGCCGUCCGAGGUGUACCCGACGUACCUGCGGUCCUACGGCAUGACCACCUCGACCGCUCUGCUCUUCCUGGCCUCGUUCGUCGUCACGUACAACUUCUCGGCGAUGCAGGAGGCCAUGACGCGGACGGGCAUGACGCUGGGCUUCUACGGCGGCAUUGCGGCCGUGGGCUGGAUCUACCAGCUUCUCUUCAUGCCCGAGACGAAGGACAAGACGCUCGAGGAAAUCGACCUGUUAUUUCAGCGGUCGACGUCAGAAACCGUUGCCGAGAACGUGAGGAAUCUGACCCAGGGGUUCCGAAACUUGUUUGUUCGGAGGUAGGGAUCCAAGAGCCGCAGCAUGUAGUACAAAG